ACAGGCACCCAGUUGGGGAGAGACCGAGAGGCUGGUUGGAGGAGUUGGGGUGGAUGUCGGGGGAGGCUCAGGGAGGAGGGACAGAGCUGGCGGUGGACCAGGAACAGGGAGCGAGAGAAGCGGACGACUCGAGCAAGCACUCACCAGACGGUGGGACUCAUGGACCCGUAGGCAGACAUAACCUCAUCUUCGCUGGUCCUGGAACCGUUGGACUGUCCCCCAAGACAGGGUCAUUUGUUACAAAGAAAAUUUAAAUUUUAAUGUAGUAAUGGUCCCAGCUCUGUCCCGGAGCGAGGAGGUUGUGUCGUUGGCUGAUUCCGGGAGGUUCCAGACAGGAUGAACAAGGUUGUUUGCAACAACUGUCUGGGGAAGAAGGUCCUUGUUAAGUGUAAUAUUGAUGACACCAUCAGGAACCUUAAGAAGCUGAUUAUAGCCCACACUGGCGCCUGUUGGAACAAGAUCAUAUUGAAGACGUGGUACAGGAUUUUUAAGGACCACAUGUCUCUGGGGGACGAUCCAUGAUGGGAUAAACCUGGAGAUUUAUUACCAAUAGAGUGGAAUUCCUUCCCCCUGCCCUCCUGUGGCCUCCCCUCUUCUCCCACCCUCACCCCCCAUACUAGUAUAGAUGCUUGUUUUUAAAAACUCCUGUUA